GGCUAAUCGCACGCCAUUUUCAACGGAAGCGACGCGCCCCUUGCCGCCCGCCAGCGCUAGACGCCCUCGCAUACCGCCUUGCCGCCACUACCACUGCGUGCGCGCUGGAUUACAUGGUGGGAAGGAGCGAGCUCCCGUGCAGCCCUCGCAUGGGCAAGCACCCGGCCGCCAAGUUGCGUCGCAUUAAACAGUCGGCCAAGCUGAUUCACGGAAAAUGACCAUUCUCUCUAGAUGUGCUACUGCAGCGUGACGUGGCGGGGGCGGCGGCGCUCGCUUGCAUGGUGCGUCGUCGAAUGGGAGUGGCGAGGACGACUUCCGGUAUCCUUCGAGCUUCCCAGCACGUCCUUUCGCCACGUGGAGCCGGCGACGACGACCGUUGCGCGGACCAAUCGGCGUGCGCCGGAAUAAAACCUGCGUUAAAGUUGAAGAUGGCAGCUCUGCGCACAGCGCUGCUUGUCGUAGCGCUCAGUCUCGCGACGACAAGUGCGUUCUCGACGUACCGGCUGCGCAUCCCGAACGGCCUGAGCGUCAAGGGCUUUGGAGCUGUCGGGCACGUCAACAAGGUGGGCGGCGGCCAGCCAACGCAGUUUGGCAUCGACUUUGAGCGGGGUGGCGGGCGCUGGAACGCGGCCAUUUGCGCGCUCGACUCGGACGGCGACGGCGCCACGAACGGUGAAGAGCUCGGCGACCCGUGCUGCGAGUGGCGCGUCGGCCUCCCCGUGCGACCCAACCCGACGUCGCCAGGCCAUCCCGAUACGUUUACGGCGGCGGAGCUCGCGGAGAUGAAGUGUACACCGUCCUCGACCGAAGCACCAGCGCCACUGCCCGAGCAGCGCAGCGCAACGGCGUUUGCGCCAUUGUCGACGGACGGGUCAGACGCCAAAGAUCUCUAGUCCUGCAGUCCAUACUACGGACGGUCCAAUGAUGUUGUUGUCGUCGCCGUCAUCCUCCAGUUGUAAUGUAAGGUUGUCGAUUGCCUUGUC